AUUGGUGUUGUAAUAGAUCGUUCUACAUCUCCGCUAGAAUAUUCUAUCUUCAACAUAGCAAGUUUGUUAAAUAAUAUAUUUCAAACGUUUAAUAAAAUAUUUUAAGUGUACCAAGAAUAAUUAAUUAAGAAUUUCGUGUGGAAAUUUUUAAAUAAAGCGUACGCAAUGGCUGCUCAAGAAGGUAUUAAAAAAAAUGAUACUGCGGAUCAUCCAAUUAAACAAGAGGUAAAUACACCAGGACCUAAAGAACAAAGAGACAUGAGUAAAAAACGAAGAGGGGGUGGUGGUGGCCGUUGGCAUGGUGGUGGUAAUAGACCUGGUGGGGGCUAUAACAAUCAAAAUAAUAGUGGCCCUAACAAUAACCAAGGACCAAAUAAUUAUAAUGGAGGUAAUCAAAAUAGAGGCGGCGCUGGUGAUAUUGGUCCAGAAAAUGUUGAUCAAGAAAUGGAUGUAAAACGUGGAGGAGGUGGUGGUUUUGGGGGACCACGUAAUAAUCAACGAUUUAACAAUACUGGAGGCCCAGGUGGUGGCCCUGGCAAUCGUGAUCGUGAAUAUGAGCGUAUCAAUGAACGUCUUAUGAUGAUCAGUGGUUCAACUUUAGAUCUUCAACCACUUGAUACAACUGAAAAGAAAUUUGCAGGACGAAAUCGUUUGUACAUUGGUAAUUUAACAAAUGAUAUCACUGAGGAUGAAAUUAAUGAAUUGUUUAAGCCCUAUGGGGAAACAAGCGAAUUGUUUUUGAAUAAAGAAAAAAUGUUCGCUUUCAUUCGUUUGGAUUACCAUGCAAAUGCUGAACGUGCAAAGCGAGAACUUGACGGACAAAUACGUAAAGGACGUCCAAUUAAAAUACGUUUUGCUCCAAAUGCAUCCAGUAUCAAAGUAAAAAAUUUAACACCAUACGUCACAAAUGAGCUUUUACACACAGCCUUCUCAGUAUUUGGUGAUAUUGAACGUUGUGUUGUCAUUGUUGAUGAACGCGGUAAAUCCACUUGUGAGGGUAUUGUUGAAUUUGCACGUAAACCAGCUGCAUUGUGUGCUAUUCGACGAUGUACCGAAAAUUGUUUCUUUUUGACAUCAUCCUUGAGACCAGUAAUUGUCGAGGCACAUGAAAUAAUGGAUGACAUCGAUGGAUUCUCUGAAAAAGGUAUUGGAAAUAAAAAAUCAAAUGACUGGUAUCAAGCACGUGAAGUUGGACCAAGAUUUGCAAGUCCAAAUUCAUUUGAGCAUCAAUACGGUACACGCUGGAAGCAAUUAAAUGAAAUACACAAACAAAAGUUGGAAACAUUAAAACGUGAACAGUUAAUGGAAGAAGAGAAAUUAGAAGCACAAAUGGAGUAUGCACGCUAUGAACAUGAAACUGAAAUGUUACGUGAGCAAUUACGCGCCCGUGAAUUAGAUAAAGAACGGCAAAAACGUGAAUGGGAAAUGAAAGAGCGUGCUGUUGAAGAAGAAAAAAUACGCAGCGAAGAACAAAUGCGACGUUUGCAAGAAGAUAUGUUAUCUCGUAUGAAUAAUCAAGAAGAUGAUUUCCGUCGACGACAAGAAGAGAAUAGUUUAUUCUUAAAAGCCCAUCAAUUAACUGAUAUGUUAGACCAACAAGAGCGAUAUGACACAACCGUUGUUACGGGUAAUGACGGUGUUGGAAUGCCUCCUGACCCUAAAGUAUUUAUGGAUACAUACGAUCGCGGUAAUGAUCAUCGUAUGGAUGACCGAAUGGGUGGUGGGGGUAUGGGUGGCGGCGGUGGACGUGGCGGCUAUAACGAUAAUGACAUAAGGGGUAAUCGAGGAGGUGGUAACUGGGGUAAUAUCGGGGGACGUCGUGACGAUUAUCAAAAUAAGAGACGCCGCUAUUAAACAUUUAUAUCGAUUAAUUAAUUAUUCACAAAUUAAAAUCAACCUUUUUAUUAAUAAACGAAAAUGUUAAUAAUUUUAUUUCAUCAACUGAAGAUGUUGUAGUCUUGACAUUUUUAUACAAUCAAAGUGUUUUCUUCGAGAAAAUCAAGAAAAAUUAGGAUUUAUCUGAUCUAGAAUGUGGAAAUGGCUGAAUUUAACUAUAAUUUGAUCAACAUUUAUGCACUUUCUAUGCCGCGAUUUAUUACUAUUUUUGCAAGUGAAUUGAGACAAAUUCAAAGUUAAAAAUUUUCAGUAUUAACUUAUGACGUUACACAAUUCGAUUUUGUAAAUAUCAAUUCUUAGAGCUUUUUAAUACUUUGAUUUUGUCUCAAAUCAAAUGUUAAUGUGGGUUUAUAGAAUUAUGGAUUUCAAUUUACGCAUGAAAAAUUUCUCCAAUAUUCAUAGUUUUUUUGAGAAUUUUUUCAUUAAUAACUAUGAACCAAAAUAGAAUUAAGUAAACGGCCCAAUCAUAAUUAAUUAAUUAGGACUUGGUAUUUUUUCUUGUAACAGUCGAAACUAUUAAAGUAAACUUUAUGAAUGGUUGACUUAAUAAUAACUAUUGUGUAUUUACUGAAAUUGUAGUUUACAAUAAUUGGACAUAUUUUAAGUGUAAUAAAUGUGAUAAAUCUGAAAUUUCUUAGUUAAGUCUUAUAAAUUUUUAUUUUAAACGAGUCAAUUUUUGUAAAUGUUUGUUUGCAGCUCAUUAAGACUUCUUGCAAUUGCAAUUCUACUUUUUUAAGAACACAUGUUUCCAUAAAUAGAUAAACACCGUUAAAAUAAAACGUGAUUCUAACCAAAAAAGGCGAACUUAAGAAGAAAAAAAAACUAAACUUUACGAAAAAUCGUUCUUGAACAAGUCGUUAUUCUAUAAUAUACAUUAUUAUUUCUUUUAAACAAGAAAACUGAUCUCGGAUACUUAAAUCACAUUGAAUAGUCAUCUUUGUUUUUAAAGGUCUUUAUCUAAUAUGGAACGGGAACAUAAUUUUACUUUUGUUAGACUGGAUUACAUAAAGAUAAUGAAAUGUACUAAUAGUAUCGAAGGGAAAUUUGUCUUCAAAAUUAAGUCUUUCUACUUACGUGACAAAUAAUGUUUACGUAUCAAAAAACGCAAAAUAUUGUUUUCUGAAGUAUUACUUAGUGCAAUGGUGAAUUUGAAUGAUAAAUUAAUUUAAAAUAUGAAAAUUAUUUAAUUUUCACAAA